CGAGACUUGAGAGUUGUAGAACAAGCUCAUAUAUAAAUAAACCAUCAUCAUCACUUCAUCAUCCAGAUCAGCAACCCAGAUAAUAAUUUCUGUUUUCUGACUUCACAAACCAAUCCUCUUAACCCCUAUAAUUACUUUUUUAUGGGUGAAAAACCCCACUAAUCACAAAAUAAUCCUCUAAAGCCCACUAAUUACAUUUUCUCUCUCCUCAUUUCUCACCCACCAAAACACCAGACAGCCAUAAUUUCUUUCUUCCCUUCAAAAUCCGAUCUUUCUCCCAAGUCCCAAAUAAUUUCUUGGAUUUGAAGAAAAAUGUUUGAUAUUAUACUAGACAACUUUAGAAUACCUUGGCUUAUUUGGAUUCAAAUUUUUAUCAUGUUUCUUUUAACCCUCAUUAUUCUUUUCUGUUACUUUGGUUUUAUUGUUCUUGAUUCUUCUUUAACCACUAAUUCUCAUACUACUAUUUCUCCUAAUUUGAAGAUUUCUCACAGCUGUUCUCCAAGUACCCAGGUGCGGAUUUCACCUGCAUUCUUUGUUUCUUCUUCUCCGAGUACCCAGGCAACUGUAAACCAUGAUGCUAGGGAAGAAAUAGCUACCACAGCUAGCAACAGGUUGAGGCGUUUAGAGAACAAUUCAGAAAGGGAUGGCUCCUCCAUAAAGGACAUAGCUCCUUCUCCUGUUGCAGAAAGAUUCUUCCACCCAUGCCGUUACCUUGAUCUUGCAAGACAAGCUUUCCUCAAAUGUUUAGGUCUGGGUUCAGGAUCGCACAACUGUAAUGACGAAGAACAUGAACAUGAAGAUUGAUGUAUGUGAAUCCGCCAACUAGUCUCACUUUCUCCAUUAUAUUUUAGAUAAAAAUCAGGGUAACAUAUUUUACAAUUGCAAUUGUUCUGGUAGAAAGCACCCCUUUGCAUAGUAACAUAACUGUACAUGUACGGAUUGGAGGGACAAAGCAACUAGGAAUAUGAAAUUGAAGGCAUGUGUAUAAAAUUGGUGUCUUGACAUCUUUUUAGAACUUAUUCCUUGACAAGGACACAGGAGGUUUGCGAUAGAAUGAGAUUCAGAACUGCAUUAAGUGGGAAAAUGCCAGUGUAAUUUCGAGGCAAUGGUCUUAUCAUUUUUGUCAUCUGGCCAGCCUCAUAUGAAUGAUUUUGUAAUUAUACAAAGAAUUGAUUCAGAUUAGUAUCUUCUUCUGUGGUAAAUGAAGUGUGAACGUUGAUAAUUGUUAAUAUCUAAUGUCUGAUCUUGUGAACACUGUCAGUGAUUCUUACCCGUUUUGUAUUUCCGCCUUCUGAUCGAGGUUACUGAAUUUUUUCUUCGGAUUCUUCCCAGAUCUGCAUGAGGUGUUGUACUCUUGUAAUUUUCUGCACUUCUAUUUGAGAUGAUAGUCCUAUAUGGCUAUAUAUACUGUGUUGAAAAA